GAUUACAUCCAUCGAGUAGGUCGAACAGCUCGAGCAGGGCGCUCUGGAAAGUCUAUUACUUUUGUCACACAAUACGACGUGGAGCUCUUCCAGCGCAUAGAACACUUAAUUGGGAAGAAAUUGCCUGUCUUUCCAACCCAGGAUGACGAGGUUAUGAUGCUGACAGAACGUGUGACUGAGGCCCAAAGAUUUGCCCGAAUGGAGUUAAGGGAGCAUGGAGAGAGGAAGAAGCGCUCGUGGGAGGCUGCUGGGGAUGGUGACGAUAGGGAGGGUGCAAUCGGUGUCAGGAACAAGGUGGCCGGAGGAAAAAUGAAGAAACGGAAAGGCCAUUAA